CCUCUUUAUCUGCUUCUGCAUUUGGUUUCUUUUCAGGGUAUGGUCAGAUGCUUCCCUUCACCCUAUUGAGAGUGAGCUGAAAUGCCAACAGGGCAGAGGUUUCCAUGGUCAGCACAGCCUUAGCCACUGCAGUGUGUUUCUGAAGAGUCAGUCCAGCUGUGUUAAACUGUACAAUGGUCCUUUAUGGGGCCAAAGCAGAUAGGACCGUGCAGAGUUGAUCAGCCUGGGAUGAACUGAGACAGGAGUGCCCCUGCUGUGAUAGAAGCAGCAUAUUCAGGGCACAUGUUAUAAGUCCAGAAGAGAAAGGAAAUAGGGAGUUUCUGAGAAGAGGGAGAGAGAUGCGGGAAUGGCUGUGUAGAUAAAAUGAAUGCCUGCAUCCCCAUCAUGAAUUGUGCAGUCAGAAAGGAAGUUCUGCACAUCCUCAACCAAGCGGCAGCAGGAAGACCAUGGAGCGUGACCAUCAAGGCCCACCAUCAUGACACCUGAGAGAAACAGAUAUCAAGCAAGCUUGGGUGCAGUUUUGCAGCUUAAAGAACAAAUGAGGGUGGAAAGUGGAGGGGCAUGCCCACAGCUGGAGAGACUCCAUGAAAGGCCUGGGAGAACAUGGUGAGAAGGUGGCCAUCUACAAGCCAGGAAGAAAACCCGCACCAGAAGCCAAACCCUGCUGGAACCUUGAUUUUGAACCUUCCAGCCUCUAAACCUGGAUGCUUUUUGCCAUUCUGAUGGUAAAUGAUGAGACAGGCAACCAUGGAUUUCAGCACUCCAUCUGUGUUUGACCAGCAAAAAGGUGACUCAUCUGAGGAAGUUGACCUGACCAUGGUUUAUCAGGCAGCUUCUAAUGGAGAUGUCAAUGCUCUGACCUCAGUAAUUCGUGAAGACCCUUCCAUCCUAGAAUGCUGUGACAGUGAAGGAUGUACACCCUUGAUGCAUGCAGUUUCUGGACGUCAAGUGGACACAGUGAAGCUGUUGUUGAAGAUGGGGGCCAAUAUUAACAUGCAGGAUGCUUAUGGCCGCACAAGUCUAUGCCUGGCAACCUAUCUGGGUUGGCUAGAAGGUUGUGUGAGUCUGCUCAGGAAUGGUGCCAAGCACAAUAUCCCAGAUAAAAAUGGCCGUCUGCCACUGCAUGCUGCCACUGCUGAGCCCGAUGUGAGGCUCCUAACAGUGUUGGUGCAACAGUCAAAUCUCAGCGAGAUUAAUCACCAGGACAAUGAGGGAAUGACACCACUUCACUGGGCAGCUUUCCACAACCGGCCUCAACACACCCAAAUGCUGCUGAAGAAAGGAGCAGACCCCACUCUUGUGGAUAAAGACUUUAAAACAGCUUUGCACUGGGCAGUCCAGAGUGGAAAUAGAAUUCUGUGUUCCAUCAUCCUGAGCCACCACCAGGGUCCAUCCAUAAUCAACUAUGAUGACGAGAGUGGGAAGACAUGUGUGCACAUUGCCGCAGCAGCAGGCUUCAGCGACAUUAUUAACGAACUGGCGAGAGUGCCUGAGUGCAACCUGCAGGCUCUGGAUGUGGACGACAGGACACCGCUGCACUGGGCUGCAGCUGCAGGGAAGGCAGACUGUGUGCAGUCACUGCUGGAGCUGGGCAUGGACAGCAACCUGCGAGACACCAAGGAGAGCACACCCCUCGCCUACGCCCUGUACUGUGGCCACACAGCAUGUGUCCAACUCCUCUCCCAAGAGAGUAGAACAGAGCCUACUCGACCCUUUCCUUCCCAGAGCAAUAGACCCCAGAAGAAGGAGGGACGAUUCAGCAUGCUCAACCAAAUCUUCUGCAAAAACAAAAAAGAAGAGCAGAGAGCCUAUCAGAAGGAUCACAGCAGGGAUCGACACAGGGGGGAGCACACCUCGGAAGUCGAUGACAUCAUCACCACCUUUGAUGGCAUCGUGGAUACCAGCUGCCAAGAAGGGCCAGGCGAUCAGGUGGCUAUGAUUGACCUUAAGAAGCGGACCUCAGAGAAUUCAAAACAUCUCUUGCUAGAAAAGAAGCCUCUGGGCCCCAAGGGGCUUCCACCAAUCAGAACGCAGAGUCUCCCACCCAUCACCGUGGGCAGUCACUUCCUGACAGCUUCCCAGGGGACCACUUCCCAUACUGGUCUGAGCUCUGGUAGUCAUCAUAUGGCCCAGCGAUCUCAGAAAAGCCGCAGUGAGCAGGACUUACUGCAUAACAGAACUGGUUGCCAAGCAUUGCUAGAUAACCCCUGGAGAGGCGAUUCUAACCAGGUGUUCUGUAAGGCUGGGACUGUGUCUUCUUCUGAUAAACUGCUGGACAGAUUGCUCACCAGUGGCUCUGGUCACCAGGAGGUCUUUGGGCUGCCACAUCUUCCUCAUCUACAUAAUCCUUCAUCAGGACAAAAUUUUCAGCAUCUGUCCCCAAACAGACCCCAAAUCAGGGAUCAUCCUUUCACCCGGAACAACCUAGCUCCCUUACCAGACCAAAAAUUUCUAUCUGGAGAAUCUCUGAGGACAAACCGAGUGCUACCUGCUAUUCCAAGCCAACGGGGACACAGCACAGCAGGCAAAGAAAGUGAAAACUUUGUCAAUCCCACCAAUGAUGAGAAUUAGCUGUGGCUCACUGACUGUAAAAAUAGGGAUUAUAUAUAUUUUCAACUGUCAAGGGAUAAGAUUACUCUAGUUUGUGAGAACAAAGACUGAUUCAGUAAAUUGCAUUCUAGAAGCCAUUCACAGUUUUACAACUCCUUCCUAAUGACAUUUCCCAAACAAGCACUUGGAAUCUUUGAUUAUAUAUAUAUUUUAAGUCUGUGAGUUGCUCUGACCUCUACAUGCCAAAACUAAAAGUCAGAAUAUGUUAUCAGCAGGGAAACAGCUAUGUUUGGCUUGCACUGUGGUAUCAGCAGAGAUUUUUUUUUUCCUGAACGAUUUUAUGUUCUAAAAAUGUAUGCUUUGCUGAAUAAAAAAAAAAAACAACAAAAAGCAUAUUCCAUAGUUUUCUUCACAUUCAUUGUAAUUCUACCCUUGGUUGAUGAAACUUAAUUAAAAUGAAAGUAGCAAAUUCCUUUAAUCACAGUUUAGUCACAGUUUUUGGCUUUUAAAUGUACAAGCUUCUGUAAAAUAUUUUCUAACAUCUGAUCCUGGUAACAGCCCAAAUCAUUUGCCAAUGUUUAUGUAUCUUCUUUGUUAUUUGAUUAUUUCCACCUAUUGUCACUUUCAGAUGUGAUUAAUAGUGAGAAGAUCAUGUGAGUUGGAAGGGUCUACAUCCUGGCCUAACAGAAUGAAAUCGGCACUUCUCAUACAUUCCUCAAAUACUCUAUGUAUUUAAUCAUUCUUUUUUAUGUUUCAAAAUAAUGGUCUCUGCCCACUCAAAAUGUUUCCAAAGUUAUGACUUAGUAAAGUUUGAAAGGGUACUACUAACUGUAGAUCUUACUUAAGAUGUUUAUGUGUUGUUGAGACUGAUUUAAAUGUCAAGGCCCAGCCAUAUAAGAUUAUAGCCAUUCCAUG